GGUGGAAUGAGAACUGCCAAAUGCCAACAGCUGCAGCCGCAGCGAAUCAGCUGAGAGUGAACAAGUAGCAAAUACGUAUCACCGCUUUGUGCAGUGUACGAUCGAGAUUUCGAUACAUAUUUACCUGAAAUGGAUACAGCACUUCUCAUGCCCCAGGAUGGGGCUAGUGCUGAAAAAGGAGGCAUUAUGGGUGAUUUCAGUUACGGGAACAAUGUCGCUUCUAGCCACAUUUACAUCCGUAUGGGCUUUUUGCGUAAGGUAUACGGACUCCUGUCUGUGCAGCUUAUGGUGACCACAGUAGUUGCUGCAGCUUUUGCAUACACUCCAGUUCUUCGUGAUACCAUUCACGCCAAUCAGUGGUUGUUGCUUGUCAGCAUAUUUUUAUCCUUUGGGCUUCUGAUUGCUCUCCAUGUAAAAAGACAUCAUGUUCCUAUCAACUUUUUCCUUCUUGGUGGCUUCACCAUUGUGGAAGCAAUCACAGUUGGAGUUGCUAUCAGCAUGUAUGAUGCUGAAGUUGUUUUGAAGGCUUUUGCCCUAACAUUGGUCAUUACCGCUGGUCUUACAGCUUACACCUUCCAGACUAAGCGUGACUUUACAAAGAUGGGUGCUGGGCUGUUGAUUGGUCUUAUGGUUGUGAUUGGACUGGGUAUGAUGAACAUAUUCCUUGGAAGUAAUGGACUGGAAUUAGCUGUAGCUGGUGGGUCAGCCCUCAUCUUCUGCCUUUUCAUUGUUUUUGAUACUCAGAUGAUGAUGCAGAAAUUAUCUCCUGAGGAAUAUAUUCUUGCUACUAUCAAUCUCUACCUGGAUAUCUUGAACUUGUUCUUGGAGCUGCUUCGUCUUUUGGGAGACCGCAAGUGAUCUGUACCAUUUUAGAAAUGUUUUAAGAGAAAAGUAAAAAAAAAGAAAAAAUAAAUUUGACUAACAUAUAUAAUGAAAAUGGUACAUACAGUAUAUAUAUAUAUAUAUAUUAUUUAAUUUGGGGGACAAUAAGGAAUUGCAGUUAAAACUAGACCUGUUGUUUUGGAUGUGUUACUAAUGAAUGGUUUUUCUAUCAAAUGAUAUUUUUAAAAUCUAUAAAAUAUAUAUUUUAUAGAUUCAUAUAUUGAUUUUAUUUUCACAAUUCUUUAUUGCUUUCAUGUUUGAAUUUUAUUUUAUACACUAUAUAUUGUGAUGAACCAUAGCAAAAGCUGUACAGGUCAGUUUUGUAAGAGAUUUUAUUUUUGUUAGACUUGCUUUAAUUUAAAUACUUAAAAAAAAAUAAUAUAUGCCUUAGAACGUUUAUUUUCCAUCUCUUAUAUCAUGUUAUGUUAAGGAGCCUUGUUCUUCAAAAAGAAAAAAAAAAAUGAAGGUGAAGGUUGUUCAAAAUAUCAUUAUCUCCCAACAGUAAAGUAUGCUUUCUGUUGUCAGACUGGUGUCUCUUAAACUAACCUGUCUGCUAAUGUUGCAAAUAAUUGUUGUAAAUUUUCAAAAGUUUAUUGAACAAAUGGAAUUUCAAUUCUUGAAUGGGAACAUGAUAUCACUUUCAUACGAUGGGUACUCAUGAUACAUUCCUUUCCUGUAACCCUUCCCUUACCUAUUAUUUGCAAAGAUAUGAUAAAAAGAAAUGAGCUGGCAUUUUAUAUUAUUUUUUUUUAAUAAGUUUUGUACAGUAUGCAGUGCAUAGUUUUUGUUGAAAAAUUUCUAGUACUUUUAUCGGUUUACAGUAUUUCUUAGGGAAAGUAUUUUUAUAUGAGAGAGAAACAUAUGAAGGUGAAGUGUUCUGAGCAAUGGUUGUACCUUUAUCAAAAUAUAUUUAGAAUAAUUU